CCGCAGCUGACGCGAAGAAGCGAGCCAUCGGCUUGGUGCCUCAUCUCGCUAAAGUUCGAGAUCAGCAGCCCUCCUCAAGCUCGACAUCUUCUUCUUCAUCUUCAGGAAAUCAAGCUCUCCCACGAGCUACAUCUUCUUCACCUGCAAAUAAGAGUACUAACAUCACACGACCUUCAACAUCAUCCGCUUCCUCGAUCCGUUGGUACAUCGCGGAAAUCGAUGUUUUGGGGUAUUCUCCGGAUCUCAAUAUGCAACCAAAAAUCGAUAUCUUGUCGGAAACACCAGUCUCAGCUCGCAACGCACACGUACUCUGGCUCGAUAUGGAAACUAGCAUGGCGAGCAAUGGGUCGUCCAGUACGACAUCAGCAACAAGUUCAUCGUCUGGAGCGCUGGAUGGGGAUAAGACUAGUGAUGCUGCAGGCACCACAGGCAAGCUUGGUCAACAGAAUACAGGAACUACAUCUUCAACAGGAGUUGUCACUAGAAACAGCUUUCUCGGUGCGCACCGCUGGAAUCUCCUUCAGCAGUACUACGGACCACGUGGUCUGUUUUCGGAGUUUCGACACAGUCCACCUGAGCAAGCUGCAAAAUUGCCAGUCUACUCUCCGUUCCUUGAGUACCGAAGUCGCGAGUUUUUCGAUUUGUAUACGGUCUCUGUCGGCGUUUUCACCGAGGAGGAGCCGUGGUUGCGGUAUAUGCAGGACUUCGAAUCUGAAGCUCGUGCUUGUACAGCGCAGUUGGUGCAGAAAAGACUGAAGCCCGCACCUAUGAGUAGUACUCGAGGAAGUGGUACUAGUGGAGGCAGUAGUUCAUCCUCAUCUGGUACAACCUCCUGUACUCGGGAGAAGCGAACACCACCCGCAAAAAUGUCUGAGGCUGACUUGCUGGGUGAGGAAGAAAGCGGCAGGAGCCACCAGGCGCGAACUUGCUUCGGAAUGAAACUCUGUGAACAACCGAGUGUUUCUUCCUCUGGAAAGAAGAAGAAGAAGAGAAACGGAGCUGAUCAGAUGAUGACCGAUGUAGGAGAAGGAGAGCAGACUGCUGCAGAACAACUACAGUCGGGGACCACAGGCGGUCGGAAUCAAACGCGACGUGAAGCGCAAGAUGCGAAUAUUCGUUCUAUGGAUGCCCUGCCUGGUAGAGACGAACUGAGUUACAGUACUGGGACAUCACUUGCGGACAGGAUUCAGCAGGUGGCGCGAAGCACUUCUAAUAGGCGGGCCGCGAUACAACCGAUCAUUCAGAUUUCAGCAAACCCUGAUGACUGGAGAGAUUACCUCGGAUGGAAAGCCCGCGACCUCUUUCCCCCAGUAGCAGCGACACAAGCGAGCGUCAAAAUCGGCGUCAAAAGACGUGCACUAUCGAAAUUCAACGGAGUCUACAAAAGGGUGGAGCUCUUCAAAGCCAGUUGUAGUUCUACAGAAGGUGACGAACAAACACAAGAAGCUACUUUGGUGCCGACGCCUCCACCUAUUUUCAUCCAAGUAGAACAAGAAUCCUCAUCAGCAUCUAGUACGUCUCCUCAACAACCACCUGGGCAGAUGAGCAAUCUAGAGUCUUCACCUACCACGCCGUCACCUCAACAGCCAAUACAACGAGCUCUAUUCCCCUUCUACGGUUCAGAAAAGAGCGAUAAGAUCGGUUGGUACCUAUCAGAAGUGAACAUGCAACCUUUAAUAGAAUCGACGUCUAGAUCAAUUCCUUCAGCUUCAAGAACUACGUCGUCCUCACCGUCCACAUCAAACCCCUCAUCCUCGAGUGAACCUUGUACUUUUCGUCCUUAUUCUCCGAAUGCGUAUCAUCAACCUGUACUGCAGAACUUGAAGAGCACAAUGGUGUCAGAAAACAGUCACUACACCUUUGUCCUCGAGAACGUCGAACUUGGAGGCACGCAGGACUGGUUCGCACUCACGCAGCACUGGGAUUCUAAUUAUGUUGACAGCAGGUGGUGUACAUGUACAAGAAGAAACGCAAACGCGGCUAUCUUCUACUCGAGGUCAAUAAAUAUUCGUGAAAUUAGUGUAGUGGUUGUUCUUGUUGUACUUGUAAUGGUAGGGGUAGUAGAAGUGGAUGUGCUUUUCGCUUUACUACUUGAGGAUCCGAGACAGAUGCUCUCCUGAGCGAAUGUUUUAUGAAUCUUAAUCAUGGCGAAGGCGAUCUCCUCUUCUCAAGCUGUACGGCUCUGGUAUUUGGUAACCUGAAUUUGAUCCUAAGGGAAAACAAGAUACAUAAUAUCAGGGAGGACCACUUUGGCGCACUUUCUCAACUCAUGUCUCGGUUCUAACUCCUCGGUCGUCCUCUUCCACUCCACGUAUCGAAGACGGUGGUAUCUCCACGAUCCUUGCCUAAGAAUGGUCAGUAUGACGGACAGCGUUAUGCGGAAAGAGCUGCCAGCCUCCGGGAGAUGAUGGGAUUUGUCACUAAAGGUUGGGUACGCAUAGACAUUGAGUUGUCAUAAACUCAGGACAUCUCAGACUCAGGGGGACCUACUGCUGCUCAUUCAUACAUUCAUUUUGGUGUCAGUAGUAAAAAAAAUUCAUCAUAUUUAUAUAUAAUUUGAGGGUAAAAAUUCUUCGUUUUGGUUGAAGACAUCUGAUAACAAACUCAUGAAUAACACGCUGGAGAUGAAUCUGAAACACAAAGUAAAAGAUAUAUUCCUACACAGGCAUUGAGAUCGGAAUUCACACAGGCAUUGAGAUCGGAAUUCACCAUUUACUUACCAAGGAAACCAACAAGUAGACGCACCAAUUCUAAACGAUAUGACAUUCAUGAGUUGUGAACACGGUAUAUACACGGGGAAAAUUUUGGCUUUUUCAACAGACUUGGGAACGAACACAGACAUCUGGACGUCGCACGUACUAGAACAUGGUGCUGAAGACAGGGCCAGGGGGAAAGUGUAAUAUAUAAAUUUGGAUUGAUUUCAUCGAGUUAGAGAAGCUGUAAUACAGAACGAAUACGAGGACAACCAAAUGAAUCGCAUUUGGAUACUAGAGGAACAGUUCUACUGCUGUCGGCGUUGUUUGCAUCACUCAAGGAGUAGCUGCAGGCGUUCGUAUAUGUAGUAUAGCACGACAGUUCGCCAAGGAUCUCGAUCUCCCUCUUGUAGAAUAUACGGGUAACUAAGGUGGAGGGGUAGCGCUCCUAAUAUUGAGCUCGUCUGAGUCUUUUUUUUACCAAACCUUGGCUUGUAGCUGUAU